AUGUUGUGCAUGAUUUACAUAAUGAUAUAGUCUAUCAAAAAGUCAAGUUUACAUGUAAUAACAUUACGUUGCAAUAUGCAGUUGCCUUGAAACUCUUUGAUGUUUACGUUUACGUUUCAUCGUAUCUUAUAUCUUUUAUUCUAAGGUUUCUUCCAGUGUCUGACGUGUACAAAAAUCAAAUAACACGAUUACAAACAUAGGUUAGAUCGUAACAUUGAAUUAAACAUCUUUUUUAUUGUUAAGAAAUCGUGCAAUUAUGCUCGACUUAUUUACCAUAUUCAGUAAAGGUGGUAUUGUGUUAUGGUGUUUUCAAAGUACCUCGCAAAUAUUUGCCCCAAGCGUUAACGCAUUAAUACGAAGUGUCAUAUUGCAAGAACGUUCGGGAAAUCAUAGCUUUGAAUAUGAUUCUUUACGCUUACAAUACAAACUCGAUAAUGAGUUUGAAUUAGUAUUUGUAGUUGCAUAUCAAAAAAUACUACAAUUGUCAUAUAUAGAUAAAUUUUUAAAUGACAUUCAUUUAGAAUUUAGAGAUAGAUUUAAAAAUGAAUUAGAGAAUUCCAAGUGGUUUUCUAACUUUGAAUUUCAAAGUAAUUAUGAACAUGUAUUAGCUAUGGCUGAACAAUGGGCAAGGACUCAGGCUAAAAUACCUAAACAAAUGCGUACCUUUGACGAAAGUCAAAAAUCAAAAAAGACUGUUGCCAGUAUGAUUGAAAGAAAAGAUGACAAAGAAAAUAAAAAACAGGUGAAAAUUCAAGAAGUUGUAAAACAGGAUUUACAACAAAACAAUCGAGUAAAUCAUAAUGGAGAAAUAGAUGAAGAAAUUUUAAUAGCAAAUCGUAUGAAAUUGGCGCAAAAAUUGAAUAAUCAAAAGAAAAAAGUUGAUAAGCACUAUUAUUUCACAGAAAAAGCCAAAAAAAUUGAAAAAGCUGGCAAGAAACCUCGUGUUUGGGAAUUAGGUGGGACCAUUAAAGAUCUUGCUGCUUUAGAACGCACCAAAGAUAAACCAGAAGAGAGUGGUGAUUACAUUGCAGCUGAUAAAACGUUAGUAGGUCAAAUGAAAGGUAGUAUUCGCGACAUAAUAGUUGAAAGUGAUUCCGAGGAUGAAUCCGACGAAGAAAUGGAAAACUCGAAACCACAAAUGCAAAAGAAAACCAAUAGUAUGUUUUCAAUGUUUAAGAGUUUGGUCGGUAAUAAAUGUUUGAAACACGAGGAUAUGGCUCCUGUUCUCGAUAAAUUGAAAGAUCAUUUGAUUUCGAAGAAUGUAGCAGCUGAUAUUGCUAAAAAGUUAUGCGAUUCCGUCGGUGUAAAACUGGAAGGAAAAAUACUUGGUACGUUCGAUAGCGUGACAAGUACCGUGAAAGCGACUUUGACCGAUGCAUUAGUGCAAAUAUUAUCUCCAAAAAGGCGCGUAGAUAUUUUACGAGACGCAAUGGAAGCAAAGAAUAAUCAUAGACCUUACGUUAUGACUUUCUGCGGCGUGAAUGGAGUGGGAAAAUCAACAAAUUUAGCGAAAAUUUGUUUCUGGCUCAUAGAGAAUAAUUUCCGCGUGCUUAUCGCAGCGUGUGACACAUUCAGAGCUGGUGCAGUUGAACAACUAAGAACGCAUAUGCGUCAUUUAAAUGCUCUUCAUCCACCGGAAAAACAUGGAAAUCAAUCUAUGGUUCAAUUGUACGAAAAAGGUUAUGGAAAAGAUGCUGCCGGUAUUGCUAUGGAAGCAAUACGUUUUGCCAAAGAUUCGAAAAUCGACGUAGUUUUGGUGGAUACUGCAGGCAGAAUGCAAGAUAACGAACCUUUGAUGAGAGCUUUGGCCAAAUUAAUCAAAGUAAACGAGCCAGAUGUGGUGCUUUUCGUUGGCGAAGCUCUUGUUGGAAACGAAGCUGUUGAUCAAUUGGUGAAGUUCAACCAAGCAUUAGCAGAUCAUAGUCAAUCUUCCAAUCCUCAUAUCAUUGAUGGCAUCGUAUUAACUAAAUUUGAUACAAUUGAUGAUAAGGUAGGCGCAGCAAUUUCUAUGACAUAUAUUACCGGACAACCUAUCGUUUUCGUUGGAACAGGACAAACUUAUACAGAUUUAAAGUCAUUAAACGCCAAAGCCGUGGUACACGCAUUAAUGAAAUAAUUGUUGAUUUAGUAACAAGUAACAAGAGACGAUAUCUUAUUAAAAGAUAAGAAAAAAAAAAUAAUAAUUAAAAUUUUCGAUUGUUAUAGACAA